AUGUCAGGCGGACAACCACCGCAAUCGAAAUCGAACCGCCCUGCCGCGGGUGGCAGGAGCGCGACCGCGAGGACCGCCGGUACGGCUACAAGUGUGGGCGAUGGCUACAGUCUGGCCGGCCCUUCCCCCAUCCAAGCUGAGGAGCGCAUUCGGUCGCAGGGAUAUGAUCCUCACAACACGUACUACCAGGAAGGAUACCGCGCAGCCAAUCCUUGGAUGGGGAAUGAGAAGCCCGGUUCCAGCUUCAGUCUGGCGGGGACGUUUCCGCAUCAUAUAAGAUGGGGCAAGAGGAAGCCCAAGGAGGGAGAGCCUAGGUUGACGGAGGCGUCGGAGCCCAUGGGGACUGAGCCUGCGCCGCAGGUGCCGGAAGCGAACAGGCAGGCAACGAGGCAGAAUACGGAAGAGGAAGAGGCAACGCAUCCACCCCAGCAUGGUGGUGAUGACAGGGUUGACUCAGAAGCGAGUACGGAAGUAGGAGGGGGAGGUGAUUCGUCGAACGCAGACUCAUCGGUACAACAUCGCCGCAUCGAUGCCUAUCGUUCUGGCGGCCAACGUCUUGGAUCCAUCGCUGAGGAAGACUUCGUUGAGCCACUCGACCCCGACGAUCGACCCUUCAACUACUGGGCCAAGAUCAGACUCCAUCUCCAGCGACCACUCGCCGAAUGGCUCGGAACCACCAUCUUCAUGUUCGUCGGCUCCUGCGGCAACCUGUCAGUCAUCACAUCCAACUACCAAACGGGCUCCAUGCAAUCGAUGUACUGGUGCUGGGGAUUCGCUGUCAUGCUGGCCAUUUACAUCGCUGGUGGUGGAUCUGGUGCCUUCCUCAAUCCGGCUUUGACGAUCAUGCUCUCUGUCUUUCGUGGGUUCCCUGCUAGGAGAGUACCGAUCUAUAUCAUCGCUCAGCUCCUUGGUGCGUUCACAGGCACGCUGCUCGCCUUCGCCAUCUACCGCGACAAUAUCAUCCAUCUCGAUGGAGGCUUGAUCCCCAACUCCACCGGUGCAGCGUUGUAUACACAGCCCAAAGACUGGGUUAGCAACUCUACAGCCUUCUUCACCGAGAUGCUCGGAACCGCCGUCAUCGGCUGCUCGAUCAUGGCCCUCGGAGACUCCCACAACUCCCCGCCAGGUGCUGGUAUGCACGCCUUCAUCAUCGGACUCCUCACAACGACCGUUACAAUGGCGUUGGGGUUCAGCACAGGAGGCUGUUUCAAUCCAGUACGAGACCUCGGUCCUCGAUUAGCAUCCAUCGCAGUUGGCUACCCUACAUCAUCCUUCACCUCGCAUCAGAACUGGUGGAUAUGGGGUCCCUGCUGUGCGACUAUCACUGGUGCACUUCUGGGAGGUCUCAUCUACGACCUCUGCAUCUUCAAGGGUGGCGAGAGUCCCGUCAACUACUCCUUCAACAGAUGGAAGAUCGAAGGGCUCAAGGAAGAGAGGGACGUGUCCAACUUCUUCGGCCUGAAGAAGAGGGCUGCCGAGAUCGAUCGGAGACUGGAAUCCGGCGAGCUCAGUGAUGAGAAGAGUUCGAAUAAAGAUGUGUAG